ACCUAAUGGGUCAAAAUUAUUAUGAUGAAAAGUUCUAAGUGGAACUGUUUUCCCAACUCUUUACAAUGUUGACAAAACAUCCAAGUUAUUGUCGUCCGCUAAAAGCUUUGGGGUAUCGAAUAAUCCACUCGUACACCCACGCACACUAAGGGACUUUUUACGCGCUCUUUUGUGCCGGGGGCGGCGCGCCGGGUAUAAAACCCAGCCCGGCCGAGCAGCCCCACAUUCCCGCCUGUGAUCUCACUUGCGACACACGCUCUCUACACUCUCAAACAUGUCUUACUACGCCAACAACGAGUACAUCAUCGCCACAAACAACUCCAUCAACGAGAACAAAUACAACACCGAAAAGAUGAAGAACAGCGGCAUCAAGGCUCUGUUGAAGCCGCUAAUGAAGAUGAUCAAAAAGACGACGAAGCGCGUUCCCGCCAAAACCUGCGACACGUGUUACGAGGACGAGCAAAACUCGAACAACGAGUUGUUGGAGCGCAAGAUCUACUCCGAAAUGGAAGCGUGCCAGCCCGGCGCCGCUUUCCUGGUCUACAACCAAGAUGAAAGCUGCGACAUCGUGCCAGUGAACCCGGACAACUUCUACGUGCCCGUCCACUUCGCCAGAACCGAUGCUGGUACCUUCUUCUGGACCACAGUCGCCAAACAAGACGAGUUCGCCGCCGCCCACUGCUACACGGAGUGCCAAACCGCGGAACAGCAGUACCCCGCCUUCCAAGACCGCUGGGUGCAAGCCUAAUCAUCUGAUCCAAACAACAACCCAUGUCUUCCAAACUGUGUCUUCCGUGAAACCGUGCUUCCGUUGGUUUCAGCAACCGUCUGUGAUGUUAGCUUUAAUCUUUUGUGCCAUUUAGGAUAGGUUUAGCUUAGGGACUUGCUAUCCUCGUGAUAACUCCACGAAAGCUUUAAUGUAUUUUUCGAAACAUGUGAUAUUUUGAAAAUGUUGAAUUGUAUAAAAUAAAAAGUUAGGAUUAGAUGUUAGUGAGCUUUAUUGUGAUCUUAUUGUAAGCUUUAAUUUUGUUAGGGAUGAUAAAUUAUGAAUAUUUAUGAAAAGAACAUUGACAAAUAAAAAACCUUUUUAAAAUA